CUUUUGCUUUAUAAAUACCAAUAGCUUUGUUGGCUAAUUUCAGCAAACAAUAACAGAAGAUGGGUGCCAACACUAUUAUUAACGAUGAUGCAAGUAUUCCGGUGAUCGAUCUGCAGGAUUUCCCAAACCAAUCAUCGAAAUUGUUAGCUGCGUGUGAAGAAUGGGGCUGUUUUAGGCUGGUCAACUUCAAUGAAAUACUUCCCAAGACACUGAUGCUGGAGAUGCAGGCGGUGGCCCGGUCAAUUUGUGAGUUGCCGGAGGAGAUCAAGCGCCGGAACAUCGACCACGAAGUCCCUGAAGAUGGAUAUGCUGCUCCGACGCCCAAACACCCAUUGUACGAGGCGAUAGGAAUGCAGGACUUAACGUCAACUCGUGGUGUUGACCUUUUUUGCUCUCAAUUGGAUGCCACGCCUCAGCAAAGAGAGACGAUUAGAAAAUAUGCUGAAGCUUUAGAUCAGGUUGCUAGGGAGAUCGUAAAGAAAAUGGGUGAAAGCUUAGGGGCGAAAAGUGAAAACCUAGAAUUCGAGAAUUGGAAAUGCAAAAGCAGGAUAAACAAAUACCAUUUCACCCCUCAAAGUUUUGGAAGCUUGGGUGGGCCGGUGCACACAGACUCUGGUAUCCUCACCCUCGUCCAUGAUGAUGAGGAAGGCGUUGGUGGUAUGGAAGCUAUGAGCCCCUCUGGCGACUUCGUCCCCUUCGAUCCAUGGCCCGGCACCCUUUCUAUUCUCAUUGCUGACAUGGCAACGGUGUGGAGCAAUGGAAGAUUUCGCAAUGUUAGGCACAGGAUUGUAAGCAAAGAUGGAAAGUCACGGGUGUCGGUUACAUCGUUCGUUACAGGACUAGCUGAGAUACUUGAACCGUUACCAGACCUUGUGGACGAUCAUCACCCUCGCUUGUUCCUCCCUAUCGAUUGUCAAGGCUACAGGAAACUGAGGUACUCAAAGAAUUUGCACGAUGGUGAAGCUCUUGCGCUCUUGAAACCCGACCACAUUCAAACUUGAAGUGGCGGUGAGGUGUCAAGGUGGUUUGAGCACGAAUAAUGAAAGCUUCUUUCAAUGGGAUGGGAUGCAUGAAUGAAUGAAUAAAAGCUUCUUAAUUUCUGUUUGUUUGUCUUGCUGGUCUUGGGGUUAAUUAGUUUAGCCUCUUGAUUUUUCAUUUCUGUCACUCGGGUGUGUUAAUUAGUUGCAUCUUUUUAAUUACCUACUUUUGUUAUUGUAUGUGCCUAGUCAUAGGCUGAAAUUUCCAGUUCAAUAAUGCAUCCUAUUAAUUAAGACCCUUGGUAA